AUGUGUCACAUAUGGAGUUCACUGGCGCCUUCUGCCCCUAGUGCUCCACUCAAGACUCGUGCAGUUACCACAUACUUCAUUAUCAACCUCGCGUUUGCUGACCUGCUCACCGGCAUAUUUGCUAUUCCAUUCAAAUUUCAAGCUGCAUUAUUCCAGACGAGUACCAGGGGAAUAGUUAUCGACUCAGUUGUGUUGCCGCAGGAAUGGUUUCUGCCGUCAUCGUUGUGUCAAAUCGUUCCAUAUGCUGAAACGGUCUCACUGUCCGUGUCAGUGUUCACCCUCACCGCAUCAGCUGUUCACGAGUUUCGGACGACGUUCUUUCCAAAACGGGGACGGAUGAACACAAGAAGCGCUAGGUCGUUGGUGUUAAUGAUAUGGGUUAUAGCGGCUCUCGUCUCACUUCCACAUGGUCUUUUUCACAGAGUUUAUUUGAUUGAAGAUGGUGACCUCAUCAUAGCACAGUGCCGACCUGUGUAUGCAGACGAGAACUGGUGGAAAAUAUACAAUGUUUAUUUGACGAUCAUACAUUAUUUCGUGCCAAUGAUCAUCCUUGAUACGGCUUACACAAUGAUCGCUAUUAAGAUCUGGGGUUCAACCGUAAACGGUGGCGAGGAAUCCCAGAGCACGAGUACUCAAACCAACCUCAACACAGAAAUCUCUAAUAGAAAGUUGAUGAAUAUGCUGAUGAUAGUGGUGGCAUGCUUCUCGCUGUGCUGGUUUCCACUCGAGACUUAUCUAUUGCUCAACGAAAUCGGUGCCUGGGAAAAUCAACGGAUGGAAAUAUAUCAAUGUUUUAUUCUUCUGUUCACACUGGCUCGCAAUGUCGAAUUCUUGUUUAAAUCCUGUCAUAUAUGGGCUAAUAAAUACAAGCGUGAAUAUCGCUGGGUGCUCAACCGUCUUCGCUGCCGAGUGGAUGACGACAUGGAACCUGAACAAAAGUUUGAAACGGAGUAUCCAGCUGGCAUCAGUCUACCUCCCUCCAUAGAAACAACGAGUGCCGAUCAAGAAAAACAUCUAUAG